AUCUUCUCCUGGUGAAGUCGUGAUCUAUCCGUCUUCUACACUCUUCACACUGGAGAAGAAAGCAAUUUGCAGUAAAUCACAGUGCCUAAAUAUUAAAAGCCCGUUAAAAUUCACAAUUGCUCACUUCUCAAGAAAUUUUGAUUUUGUAGUUUCCCAAAUUUCUGUAAAUGCAAUCUUGAUUUCCAAUUUCCCGCAGAAAGAAUGUCAGAAGCAACGUCGCAAAGCCAACCUCCGGCGAAGGAUUUAAUCGGCUCCUACUUCCUCGAUCUCUGGUGCCACACUUCCAAAACCCUAGCCGUAAAACCCGAAACCAAAUAUGCGUCCGAAUUUGAAGAGGAAGAGGAGGAAUCUCCGACAGAGUUAGAUACUGUAAAUAGCUCCGGCGGCUUCUCGGUGGUGGGCCCCGACAAGCUUUCCCUUUUGUAUCCCAGCGUUAAUUUGCAUGGACACGACGUUGGAGUGGCGCAGGCGAAUCGCGCUGCACCAAUGAAGCGGCUUCUUUAUUAUUUUGAGAUUCAUGUAAAGAACGCUGGGUCAAAGGGGCAAAUUGCCAUCGGAUUUACUACCUCUGCUUUCAGACUCCGCCGCCAACCAGGCUGGGAAGCAAACAGUUACGGAUAUCAUGGUGAUGAUGGGAUGCUUUAUCGUGGACAUGGAAAAGGAGACACAUUUGGCCCAACCUACACAACUGGUGAUACAGUUGGUGGUGGUAUCAACUAUGCAACACAAGAAUUCUUUUUCACAAAAAAUGGGGUUGUAGUAGGCUCGGUGUAUAAGGAUGUCAAGGGUCCAGUGAUACCUACAGUUGCUGUCCAUAGCCAAAAUGAGGAGGUGACUGUAAACUUCGGAAAGGAUCCAUUUGUCUUCGAUCUUAAAGCGUAUGAAGCAGAACAAAGAGCUAAACAACAGAUAAAAAUUGACAAUAUCACAAUACCACAGGAUGCCAGUUAUGGAAUAGUUCGAUCCUAUUUACAACACUAUGGAUAUGAAGAGACUCUAAAGUUGUUUGACAUUGCUGGUCAAAGUACUGUGCCUCCCAUUUCUCUGGUUCCAGAAUAUGGUUUUAGUGAGGAAGACAGCAUGUAUGCAUUGAAUCAGAGGAGGACUCUUCGACAGCUAAUAAAGUCCGGAAAGAUUGAUGAGACAUUUUCAACACUUCGCAAGUGGUAUCCUCAGACUGUUGAGGAUGACACGUCAACCAUUUGCUUUUUGCUACAUUGUCAAAAAUUUAUUGAGCUUGUCCGGGAUGGGAAGCUGGAGGAAGCUAUAAUGUAUGGCAGAAGUGAAUUUGAAAAGUUCAAGAAGUUGUCAGGGUUUGAUGAUCUAGUUAAGGAUUGUGCUGCUUUAUUGGCAUAUGAACAACCGAGCAAGUCAUCUGUUGGAUAUCUUCUUCAAGAAUCUCAACGGGAGCUGGUAGCUGAUGCAGUGAAUGCUAUGGUUUUAUCAACAAAUCCAAAGUUGAAAGAUGCUAGCCUCUGCAUGCACUCAUGUCUUGAGAGACUGAUAAGACAGGUUACUGCUUGCUUUUUGGAGAAGAGGUCCUUGAAUGGGGAUCAGGGUGAAGCUUUCCAAUUGAGCAGAAUUCUCAAGAGUGGUAAGAAAGGUUAAGCCAGUUCUACCCGUAGACCAGUUAACCUUCUGUGUAUAUGUUCAGUUGACCUCCUUGGCUACCCUGCAUCGGGUUAUAAACUUGCGGUUGAUAUACACAACAGAAAGCCUUGAUCUGCAGCAGACCCCUAUUCUCCCGUGGUGGCAUCCUCUGGUUUGUGUUCACAACCGCUCAAUAGAUUAGAUGGAUGAAUGGGGUCGACAUACUGUAUUUCUAGAGAUAGAGUUGUCGUCGAACUGAAAUUGCUGGAAUUGUGAUGUACAGGUUGAUUGAUAUAAUCUUUUGUUAUGGUUGACUCUGUACAUGAGGUUUAUCUUCCACACAAACGAGCUACAUUUCGAUUUGGAUGGUGAACUACUUUCGGAAUGCUAUUCCUUUUUCAAA